CCCACGCAAAUCUUCACACCAGAUUAUGUUCACUCGCGAAAGAUUUUCUGCAAGGGAUCUAAACUAAGGCGAGAUGUUGAAUGGGUGUGAGAUGCAUUUGGAAUGGGAGAAUCGGACGAGAGAGAGAGCGAGAGAAAGAGAGCGAGAUAGUGAGAGUGGAGGGGAGGAUGGAAUGAACGAGUGGAGGAUGGGGUGAAGAUGGUGGUGGAGGGGACUUCAUAUGGGUGCCGCAGCAGACUCACAAGCGCUGGGUCUUGCCAAGCUCACCAUGGCCGACUCGCUCGGUGGUUCUUCUCGUUGGGUUGAUCUCGAUCGCCUCCUGGUGCGCCCUGGCAACCUCGUCGGACCGGGCUUCGAGCCCGGCCCUGAGCUACUCGAGUCGCUGCAGAAUGAUUUUCGAGUGCUGGUGAUUGGAGCGGGGGGUCUGGGAUGCGAGCUUCUCAAAGACCUUGCUCUGUCAGGGUUUGGUCUCAUUCAUGUCAUUGAUAUGGACACUAUCGACGUGUCCAACCUCAAUCGACAAUUUCUUUUUAGAAUUCAAGAUGUUGGGAAACCAAAAGCUGAGGUAGCUGCUGCAAGGGUGAUGCAAAGAGUGAAAGGUGUUACAGUGGUUCCUCAUUUUUGCAGAAUAGAGGAGAAAGAUGUUUCAUUCUAUCAAGACUUUCAAAUCAUCGUCUUGGGCCUGGACUCCAUUGAAGCUCGAAGCUACAUCAACUCUGUUGUCUGUGGAUUUUUAGUUUAUGAAGAAGAUGGUUCUCCAGACAUGACCACUAUUAAGCCUCUGGUGGAUGGUGGCACUGAAGGGUUCAGAGGCCAUGCCCGUGUCAUUUAUCCUGGGCUGACACCUUGUUUCCAUUGUUCUCUUUGGCUAUUUCCUCCUCAAGUCACGUUUCCACUCUGCACUUUAGCUGAGACUCCUCGAUCACCAGCUCAUUGCAUCGAGUACGCCCAUCUCAUUCAAUGGGGUCAGGAACGACAAGGAGAGACGUUUGAUGCAGAUAACCCUGAGCAUAUGAAAUGGAUCUAUGAUCAGGCUUUGAAGCGGGGAGCACAAUUCAACAUAAGUGGAAUAACAUAUUCUCUUACUCAGGGAGUCGUGAAAAAUAUCGUGCCUGCUAUUGCUUCGACAAAUGCUAUAGUAGCGGCUACAUGUGCUUUGGAAAUCCUCAAGAUAGCUACCAUGUUCAGCACAGGCAUGGACGUGUACAUGCAGUAUACGGGGACAGAAGGAAUUUACAUGCGGACCGUGCCGCACGAUAAAGAUCCCAACUGCACCAUGUGCAGCGCAGGAGUUCCUGUCGACGUUGACAAUACCAUUACGUUGCAAAAGUUCAUCGAUCAACUCCUGAAGGAUUCGAGAUUCAAGCUGAAAUUGUCAAAGCCAAGUGUGUCAUAUCAUGGCACCAACCUCUACAUGCAGGCACCUCCUGUUUUGGAGGAAAUGACCCGACCAAAUUUGCAGCUGCCUCUUCUUGGCCUUAUGGAUGGCAACACAUCUGGGGUGUUAAAUAUCAAUGACAGAAGAUUAACUGGAGUUUUGCGAGUGCGUGUCACAUUUAAGGAGGGGCCGGAUUCAGUAGACAUGGAUACAGUUGGAGGGGUUUGAUGUACCUUCUACAACCCCUUGAAUCAACUUUGCUGAGUGUAAAUUCUUUGCUCUUUCAUGAUAUUUCCAUGCUUUUUGUUGCACGACUAUUAUUGGGCUACGAGUGCAACAUAUAUAUUUGAGGUGGACUUGCUAAAAUUGGAUAUUGAAUCUGCUAAAAUUGUUUUCCACCAAUACUAAGGUGAAGUUUGAGUUAUAAACUAGAAGUGGGUACAGACACUGUAGGACUGUCUUCAUAAGAUCUUUAAAUUGGGGUGUUACAUGUAUACAAUUGUUUGAGUAUUUAUAGUUAGUAAAUUUUGUUUUUCCAGAA